UAUAAUUAGCACUCAUAGUCUCUUUACUAACAAACGCACAGAGAACCUCCACACGUACGCAAGGAUCAAAGCAUCAUGAGACCGCCGACUCAGGGCAAGGGUCUCAUCAAGGCCGUGUACCAGCGCGUCGUGGACAGCUCCACUGCCAUCGUGGUCACCGCUGCCCCGCUCAUCGCUGCCGCCGCCGUCGCGGUGUCCAGAAGCUGGCUCCAUGACCUCCGGCCUGUGCACCUCUUCCUGUGGUGCUUCCUCCCGGCGGCAGCGGCCAUCGUCUACCUGAAGCUGCGUCCGCGCGCGGUUUACCUGGUGGACUACGCCGGGUUCCGCACCCCGCACACGUGCCGCAUCCCCUUCGCGAGCUUCCUGGAGCACGCGAAGCAGCACCCGGCCCUGAACGAGCGCAGCGUGCGGUUCAUGACGCGGCUGCUGGAGCGGUCGGGGCUCGGGGAGGAUACCUGCCUUCCGCCGGCGCACCACUACGUUGGGACGCACGAGUACUGCACCCUCGACGCCGCACGGGCCGAGUUCGAGCUGGUGGCCUUCUCGGCCAUCGACGACCUGCUCGCCAAGACCGGCGUCGCGCCCGAGGCCAUCGGCAUCCUCAUUGUCAACUGCAGCUUGUUCUGCCCGGUGCCGUCCCUGGUGGACAUGAUCGUGAACAGGUACAAGCUGCGCGGCGACGUCCGCAGCAUGCAGCUGUCCGGCAUGGGUUGCAGCGCGGGGCUGAUCGCCGUCGGGCUGGCCAGGAACCUCCUGCAGGUGGCUCCCCACGGCGCGCACGCGCUGGUGGUGUCCACGGAGACCAUCACGCCCAACUACUACCUAGGGACGGAGCGCGCGAUGCUCCUGCCGAACUGCCUGUUCCGCAUAGGCGGGGCGGCGGCGCUGCUGUCGACGUCGCCGGCGAAGGCCCGGUUCCGGCUAAAGCACGUGGUGCGCACGCUCACCGGCGCGCAGGACAACUCGUACCGGUGCGUGUACCAGGAGGAGGACGCGGAGGGCCACCGAGGCAUCAACCUGAACAAGGACCUGAUGAGCAUCGCCGGCGACUCGCUCAAGGCCAACAUCACCGCGAUCGCUCCGCUCGUCCUGCCGGCCCGUGAGCAGCUCAUGUUCGCCUUGUCCUUCGUCGCGCGGAAGGUGCUCAACAGGCGGGUCAAGCCGUACAUCCCCGACUUCCGGACGGCGUUCGAGCACUUCUGCAUCCACGCCGGUGGCCGCGCCGUCAUCGACGAGCUGCAGAAGAGCCUUAACCUUUCCGACGAGCAGGUGGAGGCGUCGCGGAUGACGCUGCACCGGUUCGGGAACACGUCGAGCAGCUCGCUGUGGUACGAGCUGGCCUACAUGGAGGCCAAGGGCCGCAUGCGCAAAGGCGACCGCGUGUGGAUGAUUGGGUUCGGGUCAGGGUUCAAGUGCAACAGCGCAGCGUGGGAGUGCAUCGAGCCCGCGCACAACGCCGAUGGGCCGUGGGCUACGUCCAUCCACAAAUACCCGGUGGACAUUCCUGAUGUUCUAAAGCAUUAACGGUUUCGGAUACACCAUCGACCUAGAGGAUUGCAGCGCACCUCGAUCGACAUGUUGGUGUUCUAAUAAAUAAAUUAUUAU